CUGUGUUAUUUUUUCUGUGAAAAUUUCUACUUUUUGCUGUUCGGUUUUAUCAUAUCAUUUUCAAUUUUACGAUGUCCACACAGAACGGAAUGUAUUAUAGUCUAUUGGAGUGGUUCAAAACGCUCAAUCUAAACGCGCCGCAUGCAAAUGCCGAGGAGCUGGCCGAUGGCGUUGCUCUAGCGCAGGCAUUAAAUCAAUUUGCACCCGAAUCAUUUACCAAUUCGUGGCUGUCGAAAAUUAAAUCAAGCGCUGUCGGCGGUAAUUGGCGUUUGCGUAUGAGUAAUCUCAAGAAAGUGGUCGAGGGCGUCUACGAAUACUACAGUGAUGUGUUAAAUUAUACGCUGCAGCACGAUUUUGUCAAGCCGGAUGUGCAGGCCAUAGCUGAGAAGUGUGACCUCAGUGAAUUGGAACGCCUGCUGCAGCUGGUCCUCGGCUGUGCUGUUAACUGCGCCAAGAAGCAGUCAUAUAUAUGCGAGAUUAUGUGCCUGGAGGAGGAGCUGCAGGCGAACAUAAUGCGUGCACUUCAAGAGCUUGAAUCCUCGACACGCCAGACCACAGAGGGCGGCGUGGUCAGCUCGUUGUCGCGCAACUCUUUGAGCGGCAUGCUCGACGGCAAUGCAAAGGCACUGGAGGAGCGCGAUGCCAUGGCCCAAAAGUGUUUUGAAACUGAAAAGAAAAUGCUGCUGCUUAUCGAUGAGAAAACCAAUUUACAGCAGGAGCUGCAAAAAUUACAACAGGAAUUCGCACGGCUGGAACACAAUACAAUUGGCGACGAUGGCGUCUCACUUGGUCCCAUACAGGCCGGCUCCGUGCGUUAUAAUGAGCUAAGACGUCAACUGGAAUUAGUUAAGGAGGAGCUGCUGCAGUCGGAGGGCGCACGUGAGGACUUGAAAAUUAAGGCACAGCAGCAGGAGACGGACUUGUUGCACAUGCAGCAGCGCAUAGAUGAGCUAAUGAAAAGCACCGCAGAGCUGACCGCUCUAAAGGAUGAGGUGGAUGUGCUGCGCGAAUCCACAGAUAAGCUAAAGGUAUGCGAGGCCCAGCUGGAAACCUACAAGAAGAAGCUUGAGGAGUACAAUGAUCUUAAGAAGCAUGUCAAAAUGCUUGAGGAGCGCAGCGCUGACUAUGUGCAGCAGAAUGCACAGUUCGAAGAGGAUGCCAAACGUUAUGCCAACACAAAGGGACAAGUUGAGCUCUUCAAAAAGGAGAUACAAGAUCUGCACGCCCAACUGGACAAUGAGAGCAGCAAAAAUGUCAAGCUCGAGUUUGACAACAAGAAUUUGGAGAGCAAAACUUUGGCGCUGCAACGCGAAAAAGAUAAUUUACUCAAGGAGCGCGACAAUCUGCGCGAGGCAUUCGAUGAGCUAAAAUGCGGCCAAUUGUCCACGAAUUCUGGCAGCUUGACCGGCACAACAAUGUCGCGGGAACUACAGCCGCCAGCUAUGAUGGACAAAAUGCAGCGUCUGGAGGCGGAGAACAAGGCGUUGCGCGAGGGUCAAGGUGGCCAAACAGCUUUGGCGCAACUGCUGGACGAUGCAAAUAAACGCUGCGAGCAUUUGCGUGAACAAUUGAAGACCGCCAACGAGCGGAUACUCUCCCUAUCGCAUGCCUCGCAAAGCGAUGAUCCUAUACUGAAGGAAAAUGAAUUCAGCAAACAAAUCAAGCAGCUAAUGGAGCUUAAUGAGCAAAAAACACUUCAAAUUGAGGAAUCGUCUACUCAAAACUCAACAAUGCAGUGCAAAAUAACACAACUGGAGUCUACUUUGGCCACACGGGAGCAGGAACUAAUGGCCUUCGAAGUCAAGUACCGCAAAUGCAUCGAGAGAGCCAAGGAAGUUAUCAAAAAUAUAGAUCCGCGCAUAGCCAGUGUUAUGGAGGCAAACAAUUUGGAAAAGAGCGUCGAUGUCAUUGAGGAGGAAUCGAAAACCAAAAUGAGCGGCAUGGAGGAGCAGUUAAUGGCCAGCGCUUUCUAUAGACUGGGCGUUAAUGCUCAACGCGAUGCGGUUGACUCGAAACUGGCCCUAUUAAUGGGCUCGGGACAAACAUUCCUGGCGCGCCAGCGACAAUCGGCGCCCCGCAAACCCCUAACUACAAUGAAAUCAAAGUAGUUGUGGCUUUUUCGUAAGUUAAAUGUUCUUUAAACGCAAUAUUUGUUCUCGUUUUUAGCGUACGUAUAUAUGCAUAUUUAUAUAACCCUUAUUUAUUCGCGAUUUGUAAACGAUUAUCAAAUCUAUUUUAUUUCCAAAAAAUCUA